UUCAUCAGAGAGUUGAUCUGGUGGGUGACGGUUUGAAUCUAGCACAGUUCCAAGUCAAGUCCAUCAUAUUUUCAAGGUCUGAAAAUCCUCGAGCUUUAACCAUACAGAAAGGAUGAAGUUAUUUAUGUUGCUUCUCUUCUGCCCUGCUGUAUUUGCAGAGAGACACUCACUGAAGUAUUUCAUCACGGCAUCUUCUGGAAACCCAAACAUCUCAGAGUUUAUGGGUAUUGGGAUGGUUGAUGGCGUCGAGGCGGGUUACUGUGACCUCAGAAACAGGAUAUUGGAAAUAAAACAGGACUGGGCGAAGAAAAUAGUAGACAAAGACCCUCGGCAGUUACAGUAUUACACUCAUGUGUGCUUUGAGAAUCUGCCACCUUUCUUCACAGAUACAAUGUCCACUGUGAAGCAGGAUUUCAACCAAACUGGAGGUGUCCACUUUUUACAGAGGAUAGAUGGCUGUGAAUGGGAUGAAACCACUGGCAAGGUGACCGGACUGACACGUUUUGGGUAUGAUGGAGAGGACUUUAUUGAGCUUGAUCUAAAGACACUGACAUGGAUCGCACUGAAACCAGAGGCUGUCAAUACCAAAAUAAGAUGGGAUGCUGAGAGAGCUGACCUGAGAAACGCUCAAUACUUUUUCAAUGUGGUUUGUCCAACUUGGCUGAAGACAGUUUGGAACACUUCAAGAAGUUCCCUGCAGAGAAAAGUUCUUCCAUCAGUGUCUCUCCUCCAAAAGACUCCCUCCUCUCCAAUCAGCUGCCACGCUACAGGUUUCUAUCCUGGCAGAGCCGUGAUGUUCUGGAGGAAAGAUGGGGAGGAGAUUCAUGAAGAUGUUUAUCUUGGAGAAAUCCUCCCCAACAAUGAUGAGACCUUCCAGAUGAAUGCUGACCUGAGCAUAUUAUCAGUCACACCUGAAGACUGGGGAAGGUACGACUGCGUCUUUCAGCUCUCUGGUGGUGAGGACAUCAUCACAAAUCUGAAUGAAAGCAUUAUCAGGACCAACUGGAAAGCUCCUGUCAGUGUCACUGAACUCUCUGUGUGACUGAAUCAACAUCACGUAGACAAACACAGCACCCUACAACCGAUGAUACACCCCUCCAGUUAGACAAGUUUAGGGAACCGAAGAUUCAUGGUUAUUUUAUUAGUGAUUUUUCUAAAUAACAGUUCUUAAAUUUCUAGUAAUUUUUAAUACCAUCAUAUGAUCAUUCAGUUGUUACUGAAAGAGACAAGUCAGAAUCUGUAAUAUCCAUUUCAUCCAUAUUAACAACUUUUAGUAGUUUUCAGUUUGAGUUUCAGUGCUCAGAAACAUCGAACUGUCCCGUGUGUCUCCAACACUGCCUGUUCUCCUGUGUGGGUAUUAAAAGGUCGCUCUACAUUAAUUAUGUUCUUAAGUGUCAAACCAGAGCCUGACCCACUGCUUUCAGCUGGAUCAGCUGGCCAAAGGUUUUUGGCAGUGUCAUGCAACACUUUGCUUAAAGUUGUUUUAUUUUCCAAUAAAAUGAAUUUAUGAUUCCCCCACCCCCAAUAUUUACCAAAAUGUUAUGAGUGUAUAUCUGUGUCACGAGUGUGUAUCUCAAUAAUGAUAUGCAGAUGAGAUGCAAUUAUGCCCCUUCUGGCUGCCUUGAUAAUUAUUUUAUUCAACUUAAUGUCAAAUAUGACGGCCUCGCAAUCAUUUUCAAAAUUUAGUGAUAAUCAUCAGCCAGAAAACUCAAAGCAUAAAAAUGUGACAGAAAUCAGGGAUUUUUGGGGGGGAUACUGUCCUGUGUUUUGUUGCUCACAUAAAAAUGGUUUUCAGUCAUUUUUCAUUAAAAUACAAAUAAAU